CACAUUUUUGGGCUGGUCCAUAUCCAGAUGCUGUCCAGAGCCUUUUUUCUUCAUCAAAAAUGCAUGCACAGCGUUUUCCAUGUAUUCAAAGGGACCUAGUACACCCGUGCAGUCAAUUCCAGGUUUCGCGUGAAGUAAAAAAUGGUAGAACAUGCCGCAUUCUGCUCAUGAUGGGAUCCAUAGUGAAUACAACCAGAAAAGACAGGUCAUCUCAACACAUACAGUACUGCUCUCUCUGCUUCUGCUCUCUCUAUUCCUCUCAAAAUGUCUGAAAUAGUUAAUCUUUUUUACAGUAUUUCAGUGCAUUCUGGGCAUUCGGGAGGGUCUCCUGAGGUUUUAAAAAUGUUUCUAAACACAAACGCGCAUAAACGCACUAUGCAA